AGUUCAAUGCAUAAACUGCGUUUAUCUUCAAAAUACAAGUGUCUAGUUAGCUAAUAGCACAGUUAAACUGAGUUUGUACAUUGAACCACGUCGAAAAAAAGACGGGUGAUAAUAUGUCAGAGGAUUUAUAACGAUUGAUAGCGAAUAAAGAGAUAAUGUGUCAGCAUGAAAAUUCAGACGUCACAGUAUGAAAUCAGAUGUCACUACCGGGCUUCUGUAUAUCUUCUCAAGCAACGUCAGAGCAAGAAACGUUAGCGUCGCAUUCGCUUGUAGCUGUCCGAGAAAUUCUACUUCGAUAGUUUUGAAGUGUCUCAUCUGAACUACUCCAAGAUUUUCAAAAUGAUUCGGGUCUCAAAAGUCCUCGCACUUGCUCCGAAAGGGCUAAAUAAAUUUAUUGUGACACAUACCAGAUGUCAAGCUACAAAGGCUGCAGCAAAUACAGUCAAGACAGAGAAAUCCGAAAAGAAAUCUACAGCCAAAGAAUCACAGUCAUUUACUAUGAAUAUUUUUCGUGGUCAUUUACAAGCCAGUCAAAUAUUCCCAUAUCCUGAACCCUUAUCGGAAGAACAGAACGAGACUUUAAAAAUGCUAGUGGAUCCUAUAGAGAAAUUUUUCGAGGAAAUUAAUGAUCCUGUGAAGAAUGAUGAGAAUGGAUCCAUCGAUGAGAAAACACUUGAGGCCUUAUGGUCCCUUGGUGCGUUUGGUCUUCAAGUUCCUCAGGAAUAUGGUGGGCUUGGAUUAAAUAAUACCAUGUAUGCUCGUUGCGUUGAUAUUGUUGGGUAUAACGAUCUUGGAGUUGGAAUCACUUUGGGUGCUCAUCAGAGCAUUGGUUUCAAGGGUAUUCUUCUAGUAGGUACUCCUGAGCAAAAGGAAAAGUAUUUGCCAAGAGUUUGUGACGGAAAAUUUGCAGCUUUCUGUUUAACAGAACCAAGCUGUGGCUCUGAUGCCGGAGCCAUUCGCUCUAAAGCAAUAAAAUCAAAGGAUGGAUCCCAUUAUGUAUUAAAUGGUAGUAAAAUCUGGAUUUCAAACGGAGGUCUGGCGGAAAUCAUGACAGUAUUCGCCCAGGUGCCAAUAACUGAUCCUGAAACUGGUAAAACACAAGACAAGGUCACAGCAUUCAUUGUUGAAAGGGCAUUUGGGGGCGUUAGCAAUGGUCCACCAGAGAAGAAAAUGGGUAUAAAAUGCAGCAACACUGCUGAGGUCUAUUUCGAGGACGUUAAAAUCCCAGCAGAAAAUGUUCUUGGCGGCGAGGGACAAGGUUUCAAGGUUGCCAUGAACAUCUUGAACAAUGGAAGGUUUGGCAUGGCCGCAGCAAUGUCUGGGACUCAGCGUUAUUGUAUAAAAAAGGCUGUGGAUCAUGCGACACAGAGAAUUCAAUUUGGCAAGACAAUAGACAAUUACGGAACCAUUCAAGAAAAAAUUGCACGAAUGUGUAUAUUGCACUACGUCACAGAAUCUCUAGCUUAUAUGAUAUCUGGUAACAUGGACAAAGGUAGUCAAGAUUAUCACUUAGAAGCUGCCAUAUCAAAGUGCUUCGGCUCAGAAUCAGCUUGGUGGGUGUGCGAUGAGGCCAUCCAAAUUCUUGGCGGUAUGGGAUAUAUGAAGGACACAGGAUUGGAACGUGUUUUGCGUGAUCUCCGAAUAUUCAGGAUUUUCGAAGGCACCAAUGAUAUUCUUAGACUGUUUGUAGCUCUUACUGGAAUCCAGUACGCAGGAAGUCAUCUAAAAGAACUUCAAAAGGCUUUUAGAAAUCCUACAGCAAAUUUGGGUCUGAUUGUCGAAGAGGCAGCUAAGAGAGCAACAAGGGCUGUCGGUCUGAGUUCACCCCCGAAUUUUAUCCACUUAGUUCAUCCUAGUUUAGCUGAUAGUGCUACACUCUGUGCCAAGAGCAUAGAAUCCUUUGGACAGGCCAUCGAAAAUAGUCUAAUUAAAUAUAACAAAACAAUUGUUGACGAACAAUUUGUACUGAACAGAUUAGCACAAGCAGCAAUAGACACCUAUACAAUGGCAGCUGUGUUAAGCAGAGCCACUUUAUCUGCUAGUAAAAAUCUACCAAGUGCGCAGCAUGAAAUUCUAAUGGCCCAGACCUGGUGCACAGAGGCAUCCAGUCGUGUUGCGUACAAUCUGAAAGUUGUACAAUCCGGCAAACACUUGGACGUCUUUACAAAACUUAGUAAAAUAUCCAAAAACGUCUGCGAGGCUGGUGAUGUCAUUCAACUAAAUCCUCUAGGUUAUUAAUCUCAUUAAAAAAAUUCAGUUCUACCAAGAACUUAGUGACAUUAUGAUAUGUUUAAUUACCGAACGUAAUUGAAGAUCGAUCGACGCAUUUCGCUAUUGCGAAUUCGUGUGCGCUUAUCAAGAAGAAAGAGUAAAUCUGUUUAAAGUUAAUUAUAUAUAUUUAUAGCACAUUUUUAAGUAAGCAACGAUAAUGCAAUUCGUUGGGCCGAGAUGGCUCGAGCAUCUUUGUCGAAAUAAAUAUUUUUCUAAUCGUUCUUGUUAAA